AUGGCGGCGUCUUUUUCGAUUGACGGUGUCACGUGUUGCCAGUGUGGGCCAGGGCCGUGCGUUUGGUCCAUGUAUCUCGGAACUGGAGAACGCGCUGGUUUGGUGAUGGCAGCAGCGGGCAGCCGAGGUUUUGACGAGGCGCGAUGGCUGCCCGGACAGCGCUUCGUGCCACAAUGUUCCAGCUCCCACAACACGGCGGAGGAAAUGAUGCAGUCCGCCAACCAAAUACUGCACCAGCUGGAGGCCGCAGGUGCAGCAACGCACGCAGCUCAGCACGCUGGCAACAAUGGCAGCAUCGUCAGCGGAUACGCGAGCUCCACAGGUAGCAUGUCCUCCACUUAUAACAACAAUAGCAGCAGCAGCAAGGACAGUCGAGAUAGCAGGGACAGCAGGGACGGCGGCGAUAGCUUGUCGUCCAUGGAUGAGUACAGCAGUAGCACGCUGGACUUCUCAGACUUGGCAAACGAGGACGCCGUCGCGGACGCGGCCAAAGGCGAGGGCAUUGCGGGAGCUUACGGCAAAGCAAACUACGAGGCAAGUCGCGCACCUAACGGGCUCGGCCAUGCGGUCUACCGACCCAUCAUCCUCCCGGGGCUGCACACGGGCACAGCACAACACAGCACAUCGCAUCCGCACGUUUUGCGUCUGGACGCGACAGCUCGCGCCCGUCGGUUUUUCGUUCGACGUCGGGAUCUGCUUCGCGAGCACCGCCUGCAGCCCCGGGACCUGCGGCGCAUUGACCCCUCCAUCGACUUCACGAAGACCUCCCCCUCCAUCACCAUUAAGGAGGACGUGUUGCUGCUCAACUUGGGCGGUGUCAGGGCUAUUGUGACGGCGGAGAAGGCGCUGCUGUUCGAGCCCAACUCGGCCACCACUCGAAAGUUCUUAGAGGUGGUGUUACCGCGGCUCCAGACCCACGGCCAAGCCCGGCAGCAGGCACUCAUGCGGGGGCCCCCGUCCGCCUACGUGAACGUGUCGCACGCGGACUACAUGGCACGGUUUUACUACCAGGUCCUCGAGGGCGCACUGAUGGUGGCCGUGGGUCGCCUGGACGCGGAGAUGAGCGGCGUCACGGACCGCGUGUCGGCGCUGCUGACUAAGCUGCCGGGUGACAUCACGCCGGUGAACCUGGAGGAGUUGCGGCGUGUGAAGCAGGCGCUGGUGGAGCUGGAGGACAAGGCGGACACGUUGAGGGAGAUGCUGGAGGAGCUGAUGGACGACGAGGACGAGCUGAGGGAGCUCAAUCUGAGCAGCCGCCCUCGGAGAGAGGACCGCCGGCGGCAGCGGGAGCGCAACCGCCUGGAGCGGGAGGUGGAGCGAGCCAGGGAGAUCAAGGAGGAGCUGGAGGAGCGGGCGUUGGAUGACGGACAGCCGAUCACGGCGGCGCUGCCGAUGCCGCCAAUGCCAAUGUCAAUGCCACCAGCAACGCCGCCGUUGACGUCGACGGCGGCGGCGGCGGCGGCUUCGCCGCCGGGGACUGGUGCCGACGGCGGCAGCGUCACGCUGUACGGCCCGUACGGCCCGGUAGGGCCGCCACCGUCGGCAUUGUCUCCUGGGGCGGCGAAGCUGAAUGGUUAUGUUUCGCCGCCGGGUUUGAACGGGAGUGGCAGCGGCGGCGGCGGCUAUUAUCCACACAUUCCCGGUGUGAGCGGCGUGGCUGUCGUACGCGGGCCGGGUGGGGUGUAUUCGCCUGGCGGCUUGGCGCCGCCGCCGCCACCGGCGCCGCUGCCAUCGUCGGCUGUUGGCGGCGGAAAUGGCGUAGUGGCGUACCCCCCGAUGCAAGGGGGCCCGUACCUUGGCGAGUCAGCGGCGGCGGCAGCGGGACGCCGGGAGCCUACGACGGCGCGGCAGGAGCGCCUGAGGGAGCUCCGUACAAAGUACGACAGAGAGCGGUUGAGAGAGCUUCGCGCGCGAUUUGGCUGGGUGCGCGAGGGUCGCGACGACAGCGGCGCCGCCGCCGGCAGCCUGGGCUCCAGCGGUGUUGCAGCCGCCGCCGCCGCCGGUACGGCAACGGCAGCCGGCGUGCGAAAGGAAGAACGAGAGCGGGAUCGCCGCAAAGAACUUAUCGAAGAAGCUGACUUUAUGAGCCGGCUAGGUGACAGCGAAGAGGACCUCCAGGAGGCUCAGGAUGCGUUAGAGGAGAUGGUGGAGGAGGAGGAGGAGGAGGCCGAGCUCGAGGAGGUGGAGGACCUGUUGGAAUUCUACUUGCAGAGGGCGAGUGGGUUGCAGUCCGAGGCGGAGCGCAUGUUGGCCGGUGCUCGCGAUCUGGAGGAAUCGAUCGGGGUAUCUCUCAGCGCCCGUCGCUACGAAGUCAACCGACUGGAGCUGAUGCUGUCUAUCGGCUCUUUCGCUGCCGCAGUGGGCGCCAUGCUGGCCGGCAUCUUUGGCAUGAACAUGAGGUCGAACUUGGAGCAGAGCGCUGUGUCGUUUUGGGGCGUCACAGCUGCGAUCGUGCUGGGGUGUGCCUGGAUCUUCUUUGCGGUCAUGAGAUACACGCGGAGCAAACGCAUCCUUUAA